CCCCAGCACCCGCCGUGAUACCCUCUGCUCUGCAGCACCCUCUAAUCCUUGCUCGACGCGCAGCAGACGACCUCACGACCGGACUUUACGACGACUUCGGACCCGCUAGGAAAUAUUUCCACGCAUACAUCCACAUUCCGCAUAUCCAACCCAGACACGCACCAUGCCCUCGCGAAUUCGCAAGGCCGCAGCCGCUUCCCCACCACCCGCGACGGCGAAUGGCGACGCUACACCACCACCGCCCCCGCCCAAGGACGAGGCGGCCGCAGCCGUCGACGUCGACGCGCUGCUGGCGCCCGUGCCCGGCGAGCAGCGCGAGGAGGUGAAGGUGAACAACGCGAGUGCGUCAGAUAUGAAGCACGCGUGCGACGAUGCCCUCAAACGCUAUCUCUCCCGACCCGACCUCUUCAAGCAAAUUCACACACAUACAGACGUACGAUUGGCUCUCGGCUGGCUCUCAGUACUGGUCGCCGGCGCAACGGGUCUCUAUGGCUGGCGCGUACCCUUUGAACAGGGCAAACCCGUGGUGUGGGCGGGGGUGAUUGCAUACGUGAUCCUGACGGUUAUCCAAACGCUAUACGCGUAUUUUGUCGAGGGCGAUAUCGUGUUCGUCGGGAAGCGCAAGACGUUCGACAAACGCAUCGUGACCGAGCGGAUAACGAUCACCUCGAAGACGACGCCCUCGACGCCCCAAACGCCGCCAGGAUACGCACUCUCACUCGCGUACGUGCGCUCGGCGGCGGGCGGGAAGACGCUUCUCGGCAAGGGCCGCGCGCAGGAGGAGCGGCACUACACGGAGUUCUUCGACACCGCGGGCGUCAUGGACCAGGAGCGCUUCGAGCGCUGGGUCGGCGGCGUUGUCGGGCGCGUCAUGGACGGGAAAGCGCAAUAGGCGUAGGCGCAGGGAGACCGGUGGUGAAAAUUUGUACGCCUUAGGGGCGGGUAUGGGUAUACCGUAUGGAUGGCACUAUGGAUGGCACUAUGGAUGGUAUGGUAUUUAGUGCGUAGGUGGAAGGUAGAAGGUAGUAGGGAAGGCGAAGGAGGCUGUACGUGUACAUGUAGUCGGCCAUGGGCUCCUUUUUUCAUCUUCUACUCAUGCGAGGCUGCAGGCAGUUGUGUCUGUGACAUUAAGUUUAAAG